AAAAUAUCACCAUUAUCAUCAACAUAUCAUCAUCAUCAUCGUCAUCUCAUAAGUGCUAUUCUUGGAAAAAAACAUCAUUUGUGAGUUUUGUUGAGUAGUAUCGAAUUGAAGACGUGCUGCGAGGGGCAAAAAAACAUUGUGGAAAAUCGAGGUUUGUGGAUGCUGAGUGAGUGAACGGCCUAACGAAAUGAUGCUUCUGAAACAAAACGGCCUAUAGAUAGAAGCUGCUACUGCUGGUCCCGGCAGCACCGUAAUCAUUUCGCAUCAUUUUGUGAUGCUAUUUUAUCCUUUUUUACGCUUCACUGGAUAUAAUCAAUACACAGGACCAUACACCCCGAGAGCCAGCUCGCAGAAGACCACCCAGCCAGCCAAAACUGUUGCAAAAUUUCCUGGGUAAACACGAAAAGGCAUCAUUUGCAGCAAGCAUUUUGCAGCAGCAGCACCCAAUUGUGUGUGUGGCGUUCGAAUUCUUAUGAUUCCCCGAUACCUUAGCAGUGUGCGAGUGUUUUUCUAUUGGAUUAUAUUCGUCGGAAAAGUUUUGAAAGCAUAAAAUUUUGUUGAAAGUCUGUGUUUUUGUACUGUUGAAAAUUUCCAACCGAACAUCUCAGAAGAAAUAUCUGCGGAGACCCUCCCGGCUUGCAAGAUAUAAGCCAGGGAAUAAACAAACCGCAAUUUUUUCCUUCACCGUGCACCGAAAAGGAUAGAAAACUUUUCGACUGGGAGCCAAAUUGGUGGUGAUUCGGAUGGGGGAGCUCCCGAAUCUAGAAGAGCCUUGCCGGCGGGAUUGGGGCUGGUGUUAUGGACGCUAGGAAAGGAUUCCUAAAAAAAAAAUGAAAAGAUAAAAAACGCAAACCAAGCCAAGAGAGAGAAAAAGAGCUGAGCGCUGAGCAGCACCAGUUGCAGAGUGGCAACAAAAAAGAAACGAACCGGGAUACGAUAACGUGAAAGACACGCUGUGAUUUCCCCAUCCCGCCGCGCGCAGAAAGCUGCCGACAUCAUGGCAUCGUCAUUCGUGAACUGUUCUUAUGCAUCUGAGGCGGGUGUUGGCGUUGAUGGGACUGGCUUUAAUUACUCGGACCGGACCAGCAGCGCCCUGGACGAACGUGAUAAAAGAACCACGAGGACCGGCAGUCUGACGAAUCAUUCGCUGUUGAAUUUGCUGGAACAGAAACACAAACUAUUGGAAACGAUUAAUUUGACUCCACCGCCAAAGUCCAGCGUAGGCCGACGGCAUUCAUCGGAUUCGUUUCCCAUGAUAGAAAAUGAAAAUUUUCAGAUUCCACAGCGCCAGAUUAAAAAGCCACCAGGGUUGCAACUAGUUCCUCCACCUGUGCCAAAACGUACCUUUCAGGGUAGUUUCACUCACCGACAGUCCGGUUCGUUUGACGGUCCGAGUAGAUCCUCGAAUCUCACAUUGGACGCGUACCAUCAGCAGACGAAAACUUACGCCCAUUACAGGCCGGACCGAAUUUGUCAAUCAGCUUUCGACGAGCAAACUUUUGGAUUUUUUGCAACGAACAAACCGAAACCAAUUGGAUCCUGCCAUACUAGUUUAAGUACAACCAGUUUCGAUGAUUUUGGGGACACGGAUGAUUUCGUGUUAUUCAACAAGAAGAUGUCCUCGAUAGAGUCCAACCGUUCGUCCAGCGAUUCCAACAAAUCGCAAACAACCAUCGACACUGGCUAUGUGUCGGCAAAUGAAAACGAGCGUUCCAUUUUCACCACAGCAAGUUCUACCAAAGGGACUUUCCGCAGCAGAUUUUCCUCGGAGGAUACACAAUCCUCGUUGGACAGUUUCCUCUCAUCCGAGCUGCACCGCACGGACACUAUCGAUUCGCUGCAGAUGAACGAUUCUCCGUUCAGUUUGAAAAAGAACAUUUUCAAUUUUGAUGCCAAAAGCGGACAAAUCCGACCAUCCAAUUCCAUGUCCCCAAACUCGGCAGACGAUAAAAUGGACAACAGCUCCCCGCGGAGCAUUGAAAGCAAAAGUUCACGCCGGCUACCGAUGGUUCCGACACGAAAGCAAAACAACAUGCCUCCCAAAAUACCCCCACCCAAUCGAAUCACGCCCCCAAUUUUACCGUCUCGUUCACAACAAGCUUUCGAGUCCCGUAAAUUACAAAAGCUUCAGCAGCAACAACAACACCAACAGCAACAGCAGCAACAUCAACAACAACAACUCAACAAUGCUCAAUUAAAUCACAAAAAUAGCCUGGAAAAUGUUCAAGAACUCUACACACGACCCACAGGAUUUCGACGCAGUAUGCAAAAACCACCCCCUCUCAACCAGAUCCACCACUCGAAAAUUAACCAACGACAGGACUCUAACAUAUCAAGCGACAGCUUCUCGGUCACCUCAAGUCCCGGCUAUAACAGCAAAACCAUUGAAGCCCCCCUGCUCCAGCAUGCAUCCAAAAUUAAUCGCUCCACCAUCCGAAAUCAACACCACCAAAAAUCCUCCAACUCUUCGCUCAACAACAGCAUCAGCAACAGCUCCAGCAUCAACAACAACAACGUCCUACCGGAACCGAAACAGCAGUCCUCGACUCAGACGGAAAAUCUCAACCCGGCAGUGGCAGCAGCAGCAUCAGUGGUUCGAGCCGUUCCGCCACGAGUCAGCAUGCGGCAGGAUUCGAGCAUAUCGAGUGACAGCUUCAGCCAAAACUCAAGUCCCGGGUACAACACCAAGAUCAUGGAGGUACCGCUGCUAUCGCAUGCCGCCAAAAUGCCGAAAGUUUCCAAACCGAUCGCACGCAAUCUGGACGAAAUCAUCAAGGAUGCCAACAGUGUAGGUGGGAACAAUAGCCACAGCAACAAUAACAACAGCAACAAUGGAGGCGGAGAAUCGAACGGAGGUCCAGCUUCGGUCAUCAUCAAGAGCGCCUCGACGCCGGCCAGUUUGCAGACGAUCGUGCGGCUUUCCAAUGGCUCGAAUGUUUCGCUGCAGGGAAAGAAGCUACAAAUCCUUAAAUCCAAGAAAAACGCCUCGGAACCAUGUGAAACCAUCAGCCGGAUGAAGUUCCGCAUCUGCCAGGUGGUUAUCAAUGCCAUACUGCUGAUCGCCCUGGCCGUUGGAUUGGCAUCAUAUCUGAGCCAGAAUCCGCCCAUCACAUACGUCAAUCAAACGAGCAUCAUCAAAACGAUCCACAGUCGGCCGCCAUUGACCGAAACCACGAUCAUUCCCUUGAAGGCGGAUCGCAACCCGGCUCCGGGCGUCUGUCUGCCGGUGAUUGUCAAAUUUUGCCAGCAGCACAAGAUACCUUAUAACUACACGGUAUUUCCCAACUAUAUCGGACACUUUGGCCAGCCGGAAGCGCAAAUGGAAAUUGAUCUGUUUGAGGCCCUGGUCGAUGUCCAAUGCUACGAGCUUGUUCCACUGUUCUUAUGUUCUCUGUUUGUGCCUAAGUGUGGUUCCACCGGAUCGACGGUGCCGCCAUGCAAGAGUCUGUGUACUGAAACAAUGCGUCGUUGUGGUUUUUUCUUCGAUGUGUUUGGACUGGAGCUACCCGAUUAUCUGAGGUGUAACAUUUUCAACGAUGCCGUAUCGGAUCAGGAGGAGUGCGUGGGGUUGGCCGAGUACAAGGACUCGCUGCUCAAAGCCCGACGUCCGGUGAGUUGUUCCGGGUUCCUGUGCGACAAACGGCGCUGCAUACCGAACGAUUGGCGCUGUGAUGGUCAUACUGACUGUCAGGAUCAAACGGACGAAUCGCACUGCCCGGCUUGCGGGGAUAGUGCAAUCCAUUGCGGCGAGGGCAAGUGCAUGACUCAAAAGCACGUGUGCGACGGAAUGGCGGAUUGUCCGUUCGGGCAGGAUGAACGAAACUGCAUACGGUUGAGCGAAAGAAACGGCGAUUUGGGCCGUGGGACUCUAGAAGUUUACAAGGCAGAGCUCAAGCAGUGGGCACCGGCCUGUGUCCGGAAUUGGGAUCCAGCUGCCUCGCCGGCCAAGAUUUGCUCCAUGCUCGGGUACAGCUCCGUCAACUCCAGCCGGACUACGAUGCGCGGAUCGAAUCGGACGCUGAUCGGCACCAAGGAUGCCUCCAGCAUGUGGCGAAUGUACCAGAAAAAGCACUCCAAUAUGAUAAAAGAGUUCAACAGUUGCGACAUCAAUGCCCGGUAUCCGGUGGCGGAGCUGACUUGCUCAAAUUUCGAAUGCGGUAAAAUACCCAGUAAAAAGUAUAAAAAACCUCAGCUGCGAAUAGUGGGCGGAAGAACUUCCAGCCCUGGCGAUUGGCCAUUUGUGGCUGCCAUACUGGGUGGACCGGAGGAAAUUUUCUACUGUGCCGGGGUUCUAAUUGCCGAUCAGUGGGUCCUGACGGCUUCGCAUUGCAUCGGAAACUACACCAUGCGAAACAUCAACGAUUGGACAAUCCAGCUGGGCAUUACCAGGCGCCAUGCGCAUACCUACUAUGGACAACGAGUAAAGGUUAAAUCCGUGAUCCCCCAUCCGCUGUAUAAUCUCUACAUUCCGCACGACAAUGAUAUCGCGCUGUUCCAGCUCGCUACUCGAGUUGCCUUCCACGAACAUUUGCUGCCGGUUUGUCUUCCACCUCCGAGUGUCCGGGAGCUGACUCCGGGAACGCUCUGCACGGUCGUGGGCUGGGGCAAGCGCGAAGAUAGCUCUUUACCGAAUGGGGUCACAUACGAGCCCGCAUUGAACGAAGUACAAGUGCCGAUCCUGAACCGGGACCUUUGCAUCGAAUGGCUGGAAAAUCUGAACGUAACAGAUGGCAUGAUCUGUGCCGGCUACCAGGAAGGGGGUCGAGAUGCAUGUCAGGGAGAUUCCGGUGGUCCACUGUUGUGUCCAUAUCCGGGUCAGGAGAAGGACCGCUGGUUUGUCGGAGGAAUCGUGUCGUGGGGCGUUCGCUGUGCCCAUCCCAAGCUGCCCGGCGUUUACGCCAACGUGCCCAAGUUCAUUCCUUGGAUUCUGUCUCAGAUCAACAACAACUCGUUCCUCCAGACGGACACUAUUGGCCGAUAAUUGGGCUACCGCACUUGGGUUUCGAAUGGCGGCUGAUCCUGGUGAGGGCGGCAAAAAAAACACCUCCACACACGUGUAUGGUAUACGGAUCCAAAAAAAAAUCAACAGCACAAAAACGCAGAAUUCAAGCAACAACGAGUCAAAGGGUGUAGAUUUGUUUCAGUUCCGGUAGGCAGCAGAAAGCAAGAAAGAUUCAGAAGAAAAUGACAUUCCGACUGCGUAAAAGCAAACGGAAUAAUAAGCUACACGGCUACGUGUACGUUAUAAAUUGAGGUAAUCAAUUCAACUGGCAUAUAUCUAGUUAGAUACCGAAACCGGUGACAAUAGUAAUCGAUAUAGGACAUUCACAUAUCGACUGAAAGAAACAUUCAAGUGUGGCAAAAGUGAGCAACAUCGCAGCCGAUCAAAUAACUAAACUGGUCGCUGCCGGUGUUAAUUCAACCGAGAAAAACGCAGGAAGGUGAGUGACAAUAAGAGCCCCGCGGCCUAGAUCAACCCUACAUAUUAGCGACUGGGCGUGGCGCUGGGAAGAAACUUUGGACAAUAAUUUUCUAAGAUGACAAAUCAUUUUAAUACUACAUACAGAAUGAAUAAAAAUAUAUAUUAAUAUAUACAUGUAUUUGGAAACCAGGCAAACCAUAUUGUUGGGCAGGUUCCGGAGGGUUCCAAUCAAUGCACAAAUUCGUUCGAUUUUAUUCUGUUUGUAAUAGUUUUUAUUUUAUUGUUUGAGAACUAUCCAUCGACAUUUUGAGUCAAAUCAAUUCAAACAAAAGACGAAAACAUCUAU